AUGUGGUCCACUUCAUUGACGGCAUCCCCGUCUUCAUGGGCUGUAUUUGUCCUAUCUGUGCUCCCCGCAGUUACAGGCUCGCCUCUAUUCGAGAAGCGGGCAAAGGGUCCCUGGCUGGGCUUGAACACCGACUUCCCAGAUCCCAGUUUCUUGAAAGCAGCCGAUAACAAAUGGUAUGCAUUCGGCACAAACGGCAAUGGAAAGCGUGUACAAGUCGCAACUUCCGAUGACUUCGUCUCGUGGACGCUACUCGACGUCGAAGCCCUUCCCACACUUUCUUCAUGGGAAACCGACAUAGACCACUGGGCUCCAGACGUGGUCAUGAGAAAUGACGGAAAGUAUGUCAUGUACUACUCCGGCGAAGCAAAAUCCAACCUCAGACACCAUUGCGUCGGAACAGCCGUAGCAGACAACCCUACAGGCCCUUACGUUCCAAGUGACACCCCAUUAUCAUGCCGCCUUGACCAGGGUGGCUCAAUUGAUGCAGCCGGCUUCCUAGACAAGGACGGCAGUCGCUACGUCGUCUUCAAAGUUGACGGGAACAGCAUCGGCAACGGCGGCGACUGCAACAACGGCGUCGAGCCACUGGUUUCCACGCCUAUCCUGCUGCAGAAGGUUGCGGAAGACGGCGUCACGCCCGUCGGUGAUGCGGUGCAGAUCCUUGAUCGCAACACUGCGGAUGGUGAUGGUCCGCUUGUUGAGGCGCCGAAUUUGAUUCUGUCUGGUGAUACGUACUUUUUGUUUUAUUCGACUCAUUGCUUCACGGAUCCGGGUUAUGAUGUGCGCUAUGCGACCUCGAAGAGUAUUACGGGGCCUUAUAGUAAGUCGAAUGUUCCGCUGAUUAAUGCGGAGAAUACUGGGCUUCUCUCGCCUGGUGGAGGCACGGUUUGUGGUUGUGGGGAUCGCAUGUUGUUCCAUGGGUUCUGCUCGGAGGAGAGGACUAGUAGGUGUAUGUACGUGGCGAAUGUGAAGUUGGAGGGGACAGUCGCUUCAAUUGCUUGA